CCACCCUCCCGGUCCAACCUCUGUUUGGCCGGUAGCUCGGUAGCUCGGUUCCAGCCGUUGCUGCAGCUGUUUCCCAGCCCUUUUCAAGACUCCGGUGACCGACCAGAAGCCCUUGUUUCCAGGAUGGUGAUCCAUGUAUAUAUUGCAUCUUCUUCUGGCUCUACGGCGAUUAAGAAGAAACAGCAAGAUGUGCUUUGUUUCUUAGAAGCCAACAAAAUAGGAUUUGAAGAAAAAGAUAUUGCAGCUAAUGAAGAGAAUCGAAAGUGGAUGAGAGAAAAUGUACCUGAAGACAGUCGACCACCCACAGGGUACCCGUUGCCACCUCAGAUUUUCAAUGAAAGCCAGUACCGUGGGGAUUAUGAUGCCUUCUUUGAAGCCCGAGAAAAUAAUGCAGUUUAUGCCUUUUUAGGCUUGACAGCACCACCUGGUUCAAAGGAAGCAGAAGCCCAGGCAAAGCAGCAAGCAUGAGUGUUCCAUGUUCUUCCUUCAGCAUCUUGAGAAAUAAUGAAAUCUCCAUUGCUUUUAAAGAAAUACCUGCUUCAAAAGAAAUAGGCUUACAUGUUGACAUAAUAGAUUAGUUGAUGUUCUUGCAUGCAAACAAGCAUAAUGAAAAUGUGAACAUGGUGGUAAGAAGUGAGAGAUGAAGUUAAAACUUUAAGUAGGUAAAAUAGAGUAGCAUUGUUAUCUGCAAAGGCAUUUCAUGUUCUGUAAGGAUUUCCCAAAAAACCUAUGUGCUCCUUCUUUUAUAUUACUGUGUAGCUUAAGGAUAUCUUCAUUUAAAUUUUGAGGAAUUAAAGAGGAGAGAGAGAGGUGGGGGUAGGGAGAGAGAGGGAGAGAGAAGGAGGGAGGGAGAGAGAGAGAGAGAGAGAGAGAGAGAGAGAGAGACUUAAGACUCCAAAAAUGCCUCAUUAUCUUUAGUGAACAUGAAUAUUUUGAUGUAAUGUUACUGUUGUUGAAAUGUAUUUACAGGUUAUGUUCAUGAUGUGUUAGCCAUUGUAAUUUCCUAUGGUGACUGUGACAUUCUCCUUUUAUAGGAGAAACGUGUAUGCCCUGAACCACAAGUUUUCUAGGCUUCAAAAUGUAACCUUUCAUUGCACUGUCAGUGAUCAAAAUAGUUGACUUCCUGCAAGACAAGAAUUGACUGCAUUCAACUGACAAAUUUUCUUGCUUAUACAUGCAGUUAUAAUCAUGUUUCUAAGUUGCUUGCCUCAGUAAAAUGUGGAUAUAUAAGGCAUGGAGAAAAGAUUGCAGUUCAUUUUAAAUUGGCCCUUCAAUGCGAAAGACACAGACUUUUAAUUAACCAUUAUAUUGCCCCUGAUUGUUCAAGAUAUAUUUUCUGUUGGUGUUUGCUGAAAGUUGUAGUAGGAGCUCUCAUCUCCUGCUUUACCACUGUUGCUGACCAUGAACAAAACCAUUCCUAAUAGGUAAGCCGUUAGUUUCAGUUUAGACAGACUGUGUCAACACAUUGGUUCAAGUAGAAAGAAUCCCUAAGCAGACCUUGAUCUUUUGAGAAAGUACAUGUAUCAAAGAAAAGGAACAAUGUUUGAAACAGUUUGAAGAUAAGCCUGACCCAAAGCAUUCAACCAGAAGAUGUUGAUAUUGUACCUUUGUCUCAUACUUUAAAAACAAAACACUUUUUACUUCAAAUUUUCUUUAUCACUAUAUCUGCUAUUUACUAAACUGUACUUGGCAAAAACAUUCAACAUACACUGAAGCCAUAUCUUUGUUUACUGAAACUCAAACAUAAUUCUUAAUGCUUUCAAAAUAAAUGUUCUUAAAAAUUUUGUGUUACGGGGUUGGGGAUUUAGCUCAGUGGUAGAGCGCUUGCCUAGCAAGCACAAGGCCCUGGGUUCGGUCCCCAGCUCCGAAAAAUAGAAAAGAAAAAAAAAUUGUGUUACUCAACUUUAAAUGUUAAACAGUAAUUUUGACGAAUAAUUGUUUAUAGGUGUUUAGAAAGGAGAAAAACCAUACUGAACGAAACAAAACAAAACAACAAUAAAAAAACAAUUUGAAGGCAAUUUUUACUGACCUAAACUUUGAACUAUGAAUUGGAGUCAGAAGUACUGCAUUUUUUCUUUUUCUUUUUACAAAAAGAAAACAGUUACUUGUGGAGAUCUCUAUGGAAGACAGUACUUUAAAUGAAUUUUGGUGUGAACACAAUACUUUUAGCCAAUGCUUUUCCUCAGCAUUUCUAAAUGAAACAGGUGAUCCUUGCAAUGUUCUAUGUGGACAAUAUAACUUUGGUUUUGUGUUAAAUCAUAGUGUCAGGAUAGGCAUUAUUCAAAAAUAGAUGCAUUGGAGAAUGUUUAUGUUGUCAGGAUAAAACCCUGAAGUUUGUAGAUUUAAAGUAUACGUUUGAGUUGAAUCGUCUCCCAUUGAAGCCUCUCAUUUUGUUGAUUGAGAAACAUUCCUGAUAGCUGAAAGAAAAGGAAAUAAAAGUCUGAGAAUUAUGUUGAGUUUUUUUUAACUGCCACAGUAUGUGCUUGAAGUAAAAUUCUUCCUGCUUUUCAUAGUAUCUUUGGCAUAUUUGUGUUUCUAAAUCAGACCUGUUCAUUUGUGAGUUUCACAUUUUAGAACUGAUUUGCCUUUUAGAGAUUUUGAUCUUCAGAAAGAGUUCCAUUUUCAAACACACUAUAAAUUGUUAAUUAUAUUGCUAAAUGUGGACACUUUUUUGGGAACCUAAGCAUAGAUGAAUAGAGAAUUUUGAAACAAAGAUUGUUUUGAUGGGGAAAGACUGAAUAGAGAGUUUUGGUGAAAUCAGACUUUGCUUCUUAAGUAAAAACAACAAAAAAGUAGAACUCACAUGGAUUUUGUUAAGCAGUUGUUGAUGUUUAAAAUAUGCAAAGUACAACUUUAAUUCUUUUCUAUGGAACACCAAUACUUCUUUUCAUCUAAUGAAUUUCAAUAAAACCAAUUAAAUGA